CCCUGCACCUGCUUCUCCGACUUCUGGUACCACGGUCUCGGCGAAGGCCCUCCAGGCUGGUGUGCUGAGUUUCCCCAGGGCUGCUGAGUCCUCGGGUAACCUGCAGGCUGUUGGGCAACCCGCGCACUGUUGGGUGGCCCCGUGCCUGUGUCUUCCUUACGGACGAGCAGCGGGAAAACGAGGUGUGCAUAGCCCAGGUGGUAUUCAUCCCCUCUGGCCAGCAUCCAUCCCCUGCCGUCCGUGCUCCCACACCGACCAGCGAUCACUCAUCUCUACGCUGGG